CUUUUGCCAAACACGGUGAAAAGGUUUUGUGCGUCUACAAAGGAUCAUCAAGUUCUUUCCUUCUGUUGCCAAAUCUACUCUCCCGUAUCCUGGAUUUUCCAGUGUCGACCAAGGAUUAAGUAGUUUUGCAGAAAAAAAAAGUUUGCAGAUAUUACUGCUGCUCAUACGUAAUCAAGUGCACAAAAAGUGGGCGAGGAGCAAGUAAUAGAGCAACUAAACUGAGUGAAACUAAUUGAAAUUUGGAUUUUCAGACAUUUUAAUGGUUCAGCGAAUCGUACAUUUAGACAUUAGUUCAAAGUGAAAAACGGAUUGUUGAAAGUUUAUUACAAGCUUAGGCUUAAAUAAGUGUUGCAAAAAAACAAUAAAAAUUAAGCCAGGGGCAAUCGAUCAAGACGACAUUUUGAAUUGUUGUGUUUCAAUUGAAGCCUGAAUUAUUUUGUUGGUGAAAGAGAACAAUAGAAUAUUAUUGAAGUUUAGUUGUAAUAAAAAAAGUAAAGUACAAUUAGUGCAUAACUUUUUCGUGCUAGUAAUAUUGGCAUUGCGUCAGUGGUAGCAUAGAAACACGAACACGGUAUAUAGCAGUAUAUACCUUCUUAGUAUUUAUUCAAAAUGCUCAUUAAACUUGUAAAAGAAGAUUUUCCGUGCUUUAAAAAUGGAUUCAUAUAACAUUAUCUUCGCUUGAUCGCCUUAUUCCGAAACUAUUUUAGUAAGAUGCAUAGCGGAAGUUUCAUAUCGCCGAAACACCCGGCCGUACCGGUUUCGAUCGGCAUCGCGUCUAUCGUACUUGAAGGUAGACCAGCAAUCCUUGAUGAUAGUGCAGCUCAUUGCAGCGACGGUGCCGGUGGUUGUGGACCGGGUGGUGGCAGCGGCGGAGGAGGAGGAGGGGGUACGUCAGACGAAGAAGGUGGGUUUUAUGGGUCAGCAGCGCCAAACCGUGCUAGACGAUGUGGUUCCAUCGAACGAGCCAACCGAGAUAGUCCCAUGUUGAUGGCUGCCGACUGCCAUAAGUCGUUCAUGUCCGAUGCAGCGAAGCGGAUUAACCUUAAACUCCAGCAAAUUCGAUCCUGUCCCGGCACUAGCAAGGACAUGGUGGAGAAUUUGGUUACAGUUAAUGCCGGUGCAUCAGGAAGUGGUGGACGGUGUAGUGCAGUCACCGAUCAGAGCGAUUACGAAGGAUAUGGAAUCGAGACCUACAUUAGUGAAGCUCGAAGCGAGUCAAGUCCGCUUGUAUUCAGUGCCAAAGCAUGGAGUCGAGAACAUAUUUUUAGCGGAUUUGAAAAGAUGAAAUUAUUGGGUGCUGUUUCGCCGAUCAAAGUUCCACCGGCGGUCGCAACACCGUUUAUCAAUUUUUCUCCUACUGUUAACUCACGUAAAAAAUCAGACGCUGGUAUAAGCAAUACCCACAAAAAUCGUCCGCGCGAAGGACCCCACUGUGAGCAGUUUCUGAAAAAAGUUGGCGUCAUCAAAACCGAUCAAAACGAGGAAAUCGAACAUAGCUGUAGUUAUCGUAAUGAAUACUGUCUACGUUGGCAAGCUUAUUUCAAACAACUAUCGUCAAUUUUAACCAGCGGUGAUGCAAUCUGUAUUGAAGUUUAUCUCGGACCCGAAAAUCAUGCUAUUUUAUUGGAACAAUGGAUAUUGAAACUAAAAAUCAAAAACUCAGAUUCAACGAUGACCCUUCAAUCGCUCUGCGCUGCCAUACGUAGUCAAUUAUACUUCUCGCAAAUUUCCGCCUGGACCGAUCUAAUUAAGAAUUCUCUAGAACCAGAUAUUUUCAACAACCCUCGUAUAAAGCAAUCGCUGAACACGAUGCCGACUUUAGAUUCGGUGAAUUCCUCAGUAGUUGGCGACACUGAUAGCGGUAACGGUGAAACAUCCCCUCCCAUACUGCCAAAUGCUAAGUUGGACAUUCUUUUCCGCAUACGAAGUUACGAUAAUACCGCUUGUUUCAAAGAAACCCCAAAUGUGCACAAUUUUCCGGAUGCACUGAUCGCUGGCAAUUACGUAAUUGAAGUGUGUCUCAAAAGUUUACCUCGAAUGAAGCGCAUUCCGCUAAUAAAUGACGAUGUAGAUUCUAAAAUGGAUGAUAACUUGGUCAGUGAUAGGAUCGACUUGCCAUGUCAUGAAAAGGGAAAGCAUCGUUGUGCUUUCCGUGAUGACGAAGAAGAAGAUCCUCAAAUGGCUGAUGACGAUUUGGCAUCAGCUGCAACCAGUCACCGGGAGAAACAAUUGAUGAAGUACAAGAAACGCAUGAUGAAACGGGAGAAGAAAAAGAAAGCUGCUGUUCAAGAUUUAACUGAGUUUGCAUCGACUGUCGGUACAAAUGGGUCAGUAUUUGGUGGAACAGCUCCUGUUCCCGUGUGCAAAUCACCGGCAUUAAGUAUUCCGAUGGGGAACCACAACAGCAACAGCAACUGUAGUAUGCCACCGUAUACUUCGUCCAUCAACUUGAUCCAACCGCCACUGUACUCGAAUUGCGAUGAUCUUUAUCAAGCGGCCACUAAAAUGUGUGCCAACGGCAACUCCAAAGCUACACAGACUGCCAUCUUUUCAAGUACGUCAAGCAGUGGUAAUGUCUCAACUGUGGCUACUCAGACGGACGCAAGUGGAUGUUGUUGUCUCUGUUCCAAGCAGCAGCCAAAAUCGGAGCCUGACAGAGCCAUGAUCGUGAGCACAAAUGGUGAUAGUCAAAUGCAAUAUAAUAAUGAUAGUAAGUAUAAUCGUCGUGAUUACCCUAGUGAUGACUGUGAUACAAACCGCCAGCCAGAGGCUGAAAUUGUGGUUGACGAUAAACAGCUCCUGAAGCAACAACACGAUGAUUCCAAAGGCCUUCGAAAGGCUGAAUUGCUUCUGCAGGCCAUCCACCGAACGGCCAUUAUCAACGACCACCCGAAGCAGCCCGACGCGGCACAUUUCAAAAACAAUAAUUACUAUAGUGGUAGUUACAAUGAUAAUAACAAUAUCGAUAGUGAUACUGUGCAGUGUGAGCGAAGCGAAUGUGAUACUUUUACUUUCAACAAAAAUGCGCUAGAGUUAGGUGACUGUCGUUUAUGUAAACGACAAAAAACGAAGCAUAAUUUUAAGUUAGUUCUCAAUGAACAGUCGGAUAGCAGCAGCAGUUCCACCAGCAGUCCUCCUGGGUGCCGUCGAACCUUAUCGGAAAGCCUGGUUGGUCAUUUUUCAAUCCCUUCGCCAUCGGCUUGUAAAGACGACGACGAUGGCAAUGAAUCCGAUACAAAUUUAACUCAUGCCACUCAUGGCAGCUACAGAGCCGAUAAGGUUCUGUACAAUGACGGAAAUGAUCUCAGUGCUGCUCUCAGCAGAUCUACGGGUGCGGUCGGGAACGGUGUAUUUACUUUUGAACAACUGAAGAGCUAUCGACGGGCGUUCUCCGAAGAUGUUAUAGAUACAAUCAACCUAAAAAGUGGGCCAAAACACAUAAUUACCGAUCACGAUAAUGAUGAAGAUCUGGAAGAAGAGGAAAACGAAGGAACGUUCCAGAAGUGUGAAUGCUCGUAUUUAACUGUUAUUUUUACUCAACAGAUUAAAUUGGCGCAUUCAGAAUGUUUAAAAGGAUUUCCAGCUAGGCGUUCACAGUUCGUAACACCAAGCGGUGGUCGACUUCAAACAUCAACGCCCGCGAACAGUGCUAACAAAGGCCCUCUCUACGUGAGUUGCCCGGAAAGCGACUGCUCUGUCAGUACGGCCAGCAGUGUUUCACCUCAUAAGAAGCAAAUUCUUAGCUAUACAGCUUUUACCAAAAGCACUGCACCACAGAGCAAGCCCGCUUCUCCGACCUACUUCAACAUCCCGAAGAUAAAUCUCACCAACGUUUUCAACGUAUCUCCUUUGGCUCGUGAGGAUUCUGGUUUCGCGAGCAGCUCAAGUCCUAUACCGAUCGACGGAAGUGUGUUCAGUUUUACCGGUUCUGCUGAGCGGUCGCAUAUGCGAAAAUCCAACUCAGCGCCAACAAGUCAUAUAUCACCCGGUUCAUUAUCUCCUCGAUUUUUUCACCACAGUAACAAAAUCCUACGCACUCGCCAUCUUUCGGAUCGCAGCUCUUUUUCAGAACGGUCGUCAGUAGGUUCCGAUGAGCAACUAUCGGACGAUGAGUUUCCUUACCUGCCAUCGGAUCCCUGUAUUACCAACGGUUCAGGAUGUCUGCCAAUCCGAAUAAACACACUUGCGUUUCCUGCGUUGAAGUUUGGUAAUGCACAACGUUCUUUUGGUAAAGCGUUUAGCAAAAAUCUGUUCAAAUUCGGCCGAUUGCCGCUUCUUGGCACACUCGAGGAAUCGUUACUGCAACGUCGUGUUGCUCCCAAGUUCCAGGUUGGUGACUUCAAAGUGCUACUUGGCGCUUCAGGAAGCUUUUGUCCGACACAACUAACAAUUCCGGCUGCAUCGUACUUCUAUGAGUUGCCGGGACAACAUCUCACCACACCAUAUGUGUGUGAAUUACGUCUUCCAAGAAAAGGUUACUCGGUUCCACGUCAAGGAACGGUCCAGGUUACGUUACUCAAUCCGUUGGGAACAGUGGUCCGAAUGUUCGUUGUACCGUACGAUUUCCGAGACAUGCCAGCGGUGUCGACUACAUUCAUCCGACAACGUAUACUGGCAUACGAUGACAACAGUAAGAACACCAUCGGAUCUGCGAAAAACAUCGAGGAGCUAAGCAACGCCGAGCAGAUGAAGCUACUGCGAUACGCUAUUCACUUAAGAUUCCAAACAUCGCGUUCCGGCAAGUUGUCGUUGCAUACCGACAUCCGACUGUUGAUUUCUCGACGCACAGACUGUGAUACUGCGGCAGCCCAUGCGAAAAACCUGCUGGAAGCACCGAACGAGCUGAAGGUAGUCACAAUCGUACCGGAUAAUCCUCGGUUCAGCCCCAGGGUGGACAAGCAGUAGGGUCAUGUUCUUUUGACUUUGCUGGUUCGUUUCUUUUCAUUUAGUGAUAGCUGUAUUUUUCGUUAUCAUAUCGCGCACAUAGUAUUUUGAAAUUCGAACGUUUUACAAGAAAUUUUAAUUUGUGAGUAUCUUCGUUCUUUGCCUCGUUCAAUUGGCAACUGUGAUUGUGUAAGGUUUAUCACUGGUCGAUCAUAGUGUAUGUAGAAUUAGCAAGGCGACGGUGCGAGUUUAGUCGUGAAGCAGCGCUAGAAAAAAAUUAGAUACAAAAUGGGCUGCAGCCGUCUAUGUAAAUUUUAUUUUAUCGCAAUGAUUUUGUUUUACUUCAUAUGUUAUGAAUUCUUUUGUUAAGAUAAGUGAGUUUUUUUCUUCACGUUAAACGUCCCUUGAUCCACUAAUCAUACAAAUUCUGUCACUUACUAAAGUUGAAUAGGGUUUAUCCUAUCGGCUUGUAAAUUAUCAAUGGUUGAAGUUGAAGAACUUCAAAACUUACUAAACGAAGUUUGCUGUGGCUUUCUUUAGAAAUCGGUAGUUGUGACCAGAGAAAAAUCAAACUAGAAUUUUGUUUGUCCUUUCAAAUAGAUUCAAAAUCUUGCAACGUUCGCUUAAAUCUAGAUUGAGAACGAUAAUCGAUGGAAUGUGUAUGUUUAAGCUGUGAUUUGCAAAGAUGACUAUUUCUGUUGACGUCGCUGCUCGUGGUAAUUGUCUGUGGCACGCAAUACAAAUACGCUCAUCUCUAAAUAAUAAAAAAGCGAACUGUGUAUAUUGUUAAUACUUGUUUGUUUAUACAUACUACGAUAAUCACCUUGAGUCGAGGUUUUCCAUCUAGAAUCGAACUUUCCUAUGAAAUGCAAUCGAUUUUUGUUUCCCUUAUCGUCGUUUGAUGAAAAUUACUCGCGGUUAUUUCCAUUUAACGUUUUACACCAGACGUUUUAUAUUUUUAACUAUUUUCAACUGUCAAUUGUCAUCACAAUUCAACUAACUCGUGCUAAACUAAGUGAAUCUUUUACAGGAACAAGUUCAUUGUCGUUUUCCAAUGGAUAUACUCAUUGCGUAUUUUAUUUAGUAGUAUGCUACUGAUUCUCAAAUUACCAAAACUAAAACAAUUGAUUCCAAAAUCUCUAAUGUGGAUGGUGUUAAAAACAGUAAAAAAUGUAACUAUUAUUUUGCAGUUUUACGUACAAAGCUUUCUAUGUAGUAAAAAAACACUUUCACGUGUUUCUCGCCGUUGGUUCAGAAGGAUAACAUCUUCGAUGUGAUUACGCGAAGCUUCAUUCUAUUUUACUAUGGAAUAAAUACUUAGAAAUGUUGCAUGACACGAUCUUUUUUACUUCAGGAAAAAAUGUACAGAAACAAUGUUUACAUUUCUGGACAAUAGCAAGGAAAAAAAUCCGAGUUAGCGAGUGUUUGGCUUAUAUUUCACUGAUGGUUCAUUGCUGUUGUAAAGGGUGAAAUGGUCGAUAAUUGGUCAAACAUGACAAAGUGCGUUCUGAUUAUGUUAUUUAAAAAAUUAUAAUCUAUUUUUUCAAUGAUUGUCCAAAAUGUCCAGUUAGCUUCGAGGUACGAUGCUGGUCUAACAAGCCAGUCGUUGUAUGUUCGAAUCUCGGCUGGGUGGUGCUGUUAGAGUCAGCAGGAUCGUUGCACUUGCACUGUGAUUGUACUGUACUCUAAUUACCGAUUGCAAAUUCUGUCGAUAAAGAAUGGUCAAGUCUUAAAAACGGGUAUACCCAAGACUUUAUUGCUUUAACUCAAAAUGCAAAAAAUUUAUAUGAUCAAGUUUUCGAUUUUACAUAUGCUUUGUAUUUGUAUCGCUACUGUCUUCACAAGAGAGGAGCGAGGUCCAGCCAAAGCAGCACGGAGCACUUGUGGCUCUUUGUUCCUCUGUCUUCGACUUCGACGUUAAUUUGACAACUGAAUAGAAAAUGUAAAAAAUAAAAUAGAAUUCCGUAAGCACACACCAAAAACCCAAGGGUGUUCAAUUUUUUUAAAUGCGCAAUUAGAAAAAAAUACGCCAAGCUGGAUUUAAUCAAUUUAUGACCAUUCCCUCCUUCACCAAUCGAGUAGUAAAUGACGCAUUACACUGCCAUACUUAUCAAAAUUAUUCUUAUUACAAUCCAAAAGACGAUGGAAAACGAAAUGAUCAGCUGCUAGCAGCCAGAUUGAUAGAAAUAGAACAUAUUUUCCGUUACCAAUGAUUUUUUCAGUCACGUUUCACAUGUUUCUUCUGGAGCGGAAAGUAUACGGCAAUAGUUUACCACUCUAUUUUUUAUGUAAGAUUGAAAAAUUACUCACGUUAGAUAGGAAAUCUAACGUUUAUCAACACAUCUGGGUGAUGUGUUUCCCUAUUCUAUAUCUAUAAAAUAUAUUUCCAGCGUACCAAUCUAGGAAAAAUGUUUCAAUCUGUGUUCGGGUACGUUAGGAAAACAGCUUCCGGUAGAAUUAUUUACUUUACAGCUGUAACAUUAGUAGUAAAAUCUAAUUGAACUACAGAACGUAAAGAUACGCGUUUUGUCGUUUGGUACCAGAUUGCACAGGCAAUAGCAACCAACAGCUUACCCGAACAUUGCUUUAUAAAUCGACGAUGACAACAUCAUAGUGACACAAAACUUAUAUUAUUUCGUCCCACAAUCCAACACGCGCAAAUGAUCGGAGUGUCGAUACUUAGUAAAUUUGUAGAGCGUCCUUGAUCAUUUUCUUAUGUUUUUUUCUCUCAAAUUUACCCCAUCAAAAACAACAGCAAACUCUAUCAAUCUUUCUGAUGAAUACAGACGUAUAUAUGCUAGUCAGUUACAAUAGCAAGUUUGCAGAUAAAUGAAGUGACAUAGUAAUAACACUUGUGUGGAUUUCCCUAACAGAUGUACAUAAACAACAACUGUCCAUAGGCAAAAUGAUAAAUGCAAUAAAAAAAACUGAAAAUUACAGACGAAACGGUGGACGACUAAGCAUCGUACAUCAAUCCGUGAGUUUUAGUGUAACCAUCGGAAGUUCGAUUGAAAAUAUCGCUUUUCAUUGCCGCGGCAUGUCGAUACCGAAAAAAAACUCAAUGUCGGAACAUAAAAGGAUAUUCGUUAACAAGGCAAAAAUGAACCGCAAAAAAUUUAAAUAAAAUAAAGCAACACCUUAGUGACGAUAGAGAUAUCACUAGUUUUAUUAGACGUCAAUAACGAUGAAAAAGCAUAACAAUAUACCGAAGAUUUAAAACAUUAGUUGCGAGUAUAAAAUGGACGUUAAACUACAUAAAACAAAACAAAAAAAUACUAAAAACAUAUACACAACACAUGCUAUAUAUUUAUACAACUUUUUUCAAAACAUAAUGGAAAAUAUUUAAUAAAUAAUUUGGGGAAUCGCCCCUUUAGAUGU